AUGAAGGACGGGUACAUCCCCUGGUCAGAGACGGCUCUGUGGAUGAACGCCCGCGUUCUGGCGCUCGGCGGCUCCUGGCGCCCUCCCGGAGUGCGCGGCUUCACACUGUACCGGAUCUGGGUGCUCUUCACGCAGUUCAGCUUCCUCAUCGGGCAGCUGCAGGGGCUGUACUACUUUUGGGGAGACGCCAACAGGAUCAUCCAGGACGUGUGCCUCCUGGUCACCACCAUACUGGGCCUCUUCAAGUUCUUCGUCUUCGUCAUCAAGCAGGAGGACGUCUUCAAGAUCGUGCAGACGAUCGACGACCGCAGGCGGGAACAGGGUAAACUGGAGAACCCGCGCAUAACGUCGAUCCUGGACGCGUCGUACAGCUCGGCCAAGACGAUCACGGUGUGCAUGGCCGGCGUGGGCGGCACCGCCCCCGCCGUCUGGGCCAUCAUGCCGCUAGUCAUGCGGAGCUUGGGCGUCGGCCCACCGGAGCGCGAGCUGCCCGCCAUGGCGUGGUACACGAGCCACGACACCGUCUCCCCGGUCUACGAGAUGCUGUACAUACUGCAGUACUUCAGCAUGCAGUAUUCCUACUUCGCCGCCAUGUGCCUCGACCUGUUUUUCGCGUGUCUCAUCAUCCACGUAGCUGCCCAGCUGGAGAUCGUACGAGUGAGCCGCUAG